AUGUUUCAAUUCUCCCUUCGAGACAAAGCAAAGCAUUGGUUGAGAACGGUUGAAGAGGGAUCGUUGAGUACUUGGGAUGAGGUGACUAGAGCUUUUCUUGGGAAGUAUUGCCCUCCCGAGAAAACCGCUGAAUUAAGACGGAAGAUCACAAACUUCAACCAAGAGGUUGAUGAAACUUUGAGUGAAGCAUGGGAGCGGUUCAAAGAUUAUACUAGAGCAUGCCCUCACCACGGUUUCACCUCAUGGAUCAUAGUGCAAAGCUUCUAUGAUGGUCUUACUCCUACCUCAAGGGCCAACCUUGAUUCGGGAGCCGGAGGUAGCCUUAAAAAGCUAUCGGUUGACGAGGCCUACAAAAUGAUUGAGGAAGUGGCUAAGCAUUAUGCUUAUGGAGGUGAUAAAAGGCAAGGUCAACCCAAGAAGGGCGGUAAGCAUGAUCUUGAAGCAAUAGAUCUUAUUGCUUCAAAGGUUGAUAUGUUAGCUCGAAAGCUAGAUCAAGUGAACAAUGUGCCCGGUAGCUCCUCCCCACAAGUCAUGUCUUGUGAGACUUGUGGAGGAAAUGACCACUUGGCAUCCUAUUGCAACACUACAACGGAGCAUGUGGCUUCACUUGGUAGGAAUGAUCCUUACUCCCAAACUUUUAACCAAGGUUGGAAACAACAUCCAAAUUUUGGGUGGAAACAACCCAAUCAAGCUCCCCCUCCUCAAAACAAUUACAACCAAGCUCCUCCUUACAAUCAACCCCCUCCACAACAAAAAGCUCCCUAUCGCCACCCCAAUCAAAGAGACAAUGUCCAACAAAGACCCCAAUAA